AUGUCCCUUUCGGGGGAAGCUGUCUUGUAUGCGGCAAGUCCAAGCGAUAAGUUUGCCCAGGAAUCUGCCCGCCGGGAGAGACGCCGCAGGAAAGUCUACAAGGAGCUCUUCGAGACUGAGAAAACUUAUCUACAGCAUCUGGAGCUGGUCAACAAGUUCUUUGACUUCCCACUAAAGUUCGCCUACAUUGUCCCGGAUGAUGUGCAUGCCAAACUGUUCAGCAACCUGGAGCAGAUCAGGGAGGUGAACCUGACACUCUUGGAGCAGAUGGAACAGACCACUGUUGGCCAGGCAUUCACUUACCUGGGCCCAUUUCUCAAGCUGUAUGCCAUGUAUGCCAGAAAUCACCAGUGUGCCUUGACCACUUUACAGGAAUGGCAGAGCAAGAGUGCAGAUUUUGCCAGGUUUGUGUCCAGGCAGGAGGAGAGACCAGAAGUCAAGGGGCUGAAACUGAAUGCUCUUUUGAUCACCCCCAUCCAGAGAAUACCCAGGUACAAGCUGUUGCUAGAGGAGUUGUUGAACCACACACCAGCGGAGCACCAUGAUUACCAGAAGCUGAAAGAAGCCACCGAGAAAAUAGCAGAGAUUGCCUCACACAUCAACGAACAUGUGCGACAGAAUGAGAACUUCAUCAAGAUGCUGGCCAUACAGAGGAUGUUUGACAGCUCGGCUCCAAAGCUGUUGGCUCCUGGGCGGCUCUUUCUCAAGGAGGGACCUCUCAAGAAGGUAUCCCGGAAGGGAGGGAAGUCACAUGAUCGCAUGUUCUUUCUGUUCUCGGACAUUCUUCUGUAUGGGAAACCCAAGUUCUUGGAUGGUGGGGGGAAAUCAUACACAUGUUCUUGUGUACUCCCUCUCCGGCACUGCAAGGUGGACCAAGUCUUCGGGGCGAGUGUCUGCCAAUCAGAUACUGGAGGAGUGUUCAGACUGACAUGUAAAGAGGAAAGCCUGAUAUUAUAUUCAGAAGAUAAAGCCAACGCCAGGCGCUGGAGCGAGGACAUCGACAGAGCUAUCAGGAAAAUCUGUGAUGACAGACAGACUUUACGUAAACCCAGCAGCAACAAGAUCCCUCUCAGGGGAAGAUCACUCCGUAAACACAGACAAGAACAGAAGAGGGCAGACAUUAAAAUAGCUGAGAAGACACCCUUGCGCCCUUUAUCUACUGUCAGUAACAACAGUAAUGAAGGUGAUGAACUUGACGACUCUGAUAUCCGAGCCAGGUUGGAACCUGUCCGACAGCAUUUCAAGAUGGCUAGAGAUGCAGGUCUCUCCCAGCCUGAUGUGUCCCAAGUAGACUCACCUCCACAGGUUGUCAGAGACAGACAGCCCACUGGAGCUCACCCCACAAACAUCUCCUCCAACAGUUGCGGCUCGUCUGAAGUGACCAGGGCUAGACUGAAGUCACCCACACCUGUGAGCCCUGACUAUGGGCAGUCAACGAGUUCCUCUGUGUGGUUCCCGCCCAACAGUGUUGCCCAUAAGUACCAGGCUCCUCGCAGGACAUUCAAUGAGAAACUGCGUGCUUGUCUGGGCAGGCCUCUUAGACGUGUUGUUGACCCUUGUAGUGAUGUUGGGAUGUUAUAG